GUGAAUUGUCUUAGCGAUUUAGCUUAGUGAAAGAAACGAGGAACUCAACAAUGCGUGAUAUUUUACUGGCGUCUUUCCUCAUAGCAGGAACCUGUCUUUGUGUGCGGUUGCCGGCAGAAGCUCCGGACUGGCCGAAAGACUGGCCCAGCGUGCUUCCCUUCCACGGACGCAUCAUCGGCGGACAGCCAGCCGCUGACGGGGAAUAUCCCAGCCAGGUGUCGCUGCAGGUGGACGGCGGCCAUUACUGCGGUGGAUCUGUCAUCAACGACCAGUGGGUCCUCACGGCCGCCCACUGCGUGGAGGGACUGACGGCGGCUGACAUGCAGGUCCUGGCGGGCAGCAACCAGCUGAGCGCGGGCGGCAGCCGCCACCAGGCGGUGCGCCUGCUGCCGCACCCCGCCUACAACAGCACCGACAACAUGAAGAACGACGUCGCCCUGGUCCAGGUAUCCCCGCUGUUUGAGCUGGAUGGCGUGAAGAUUAGUCCAGUCAACCUCCCGGAGCAAGGGGAAAGCACGCCAGACAACGUAAACGCCACGGUCAUAGGUUGGGGGCUCAUCUAUGGCCCCGAAGACCCGACAGCUUCCGACGUGCUGAUGGAGGUUCAGCUGCAGACGGUGAGCCUGGCGCGUUGCCGCGAGAUCUACAUCGCGCUCUGGGGCAACGGCACCGUCCACGACUCGCAGAUCUGCGCCGGAGUCCCCGACGGCGGCAAGGGAUCCUGCAACGGCGACUCUGGCGGCCCGCUGUUCGUGGAUGGAGAGGUGGUGGGCCUCGUGUCGUACGCAUACGGCUGUGCCCGUCGAGGCUACCCCACCAUCUACACCAGGGUCUCCUCCUACAUAGACUGGAUCUCCGGCAAUGUCAACUAGGCACGCCGCCCAAGUGGAUGUGGCUGGCGUCUGUGUCUCACUGCAAAAAAACAACGCAUAGGAAAAAAGUCGUCUUUCUUCUUAA